GAGCAAAGGCGUAGAAAUACAGUUGAUUGGGUGCAGGACUCACUCGAUCCAGUGAAUAUACCAGCAUAUUUACUCCCUCUAUCCAGCUGGCUGGUAUUUCUCGCAGUCGGCCUCUCUAUUGGUCUCCUCAGCGGUCUGGUAUCUAUGGUGACAGUUUGGCUGGCAAACAUAAAGACAGGACGAUGUGUAGAUAAGAUCUGGCAAACAUCCAAAAUAAUGUGUGAUAGUUGGACAAAGUGGACAGAUUGGAAACUGCUUAAUUACAGUAUAUACGUACUCCUAUCUGUUAUUUUCGCAUUUAUAGCGGCAUUAGCUGUGAAGAAAUUAAGCAGUAGAGCAGCAGGGAGCGGCAUCAGUGAAAUAAAAUGCAUUAUUGCCGGUUUUGAGAACAAAGAAUACCUGCGAUGGCCGGUUCUACUUGUCAAGACAUGCACGUUGCCAUUUGCUAUCGCGUCAGGUUUGUCGAUUGGUAAAGAAGGCCCAUCAGUUCAUGUAGCAUGUUGCGUUGGAGAAUUAGUCGCAUCACUAUUCCCCUAUUUUCAUAAGAGCAAAUUGAAGAUGCGUGAAAUUCUCAUUGCAGCGAGUGCAGCGGGAGUAGCUUGCGCAUUUGGAAGCCCGAUAGGCGGCGUUAUAUUCUCAAUCGAGGAAAUGACGCACACUUAUACGACCAAAAUGAUAUGGAGGAGCUUUUUCUGUGCUCUAGCCGCUACAGCUAUGCUAUCUGCUCUCAAUCCAUUCCAAACGAGUGGUAAAUUAGUACUGUUUCAGGUAACAUACGACAAGAACUGGCACUUCUUUGAAAUAAUUUAUUUUAUAUUACUAGGCAUAUUUGGAGGACUAUUUGGUUCGCUUGUUAUCAAACUUAACAUGCUUUAUGUAGGAUUCCGGAGACGACACCUAAGCGAAAAUGGUAUCAGCGAGGCUGUUAUCCUCGCACUAAUAACAUCCGUGAUCUGCUAUCCGAAUCCAUUCCUAAGGACGGAUAUGACUGAGAGUAUGUCUAUCCUUUUCCGAGAAUGUGGGGGUAGGGAAGAAGAAGAUUUUGGAGUCUGUGACAAUGACAGGAAUUGGUCGACAAUAAACAGCACUCUACUUGCUACUAUAGUACGUACUGUGUUGCUAAUUAUUACCUACGGUGCCCAAGUUCCAGCUGGUAUUUUUGUGCCUUCUUUGGCGAUCGGCGCAACGUUCGGAAGACUGGUUGGUACUAUUUCCAAAAUGCUUUAUCAGGCCAAUCCAUCAUUGGGUAUUUUCUCUGAAUGCAAUAAUGACAUGAACUGUAUAACGCCAGGCACAUACGCAUUAUUGGGUUCUGCUGCUACUUUAUCAGGCGUGAUGAGGAUAUGGGUCACCGUUCCUAUUAUUAUAUUUGAACUGACUGGUGCAUUGACUUACAUUCUACCAACUAUGAUCGUGCUGAUUACUACAAAAGCUAUAUCUGAUUUCCUCAGUGGGGGUGAAGCUGGUAUCGCUGAUCAAAUGAUAAAAUUCAACCAAAUGCCGGUCCUUACCCGUGAGGAUGAACAUUAUUUCAAUGUUGACAUCUCAAGUGUGAUGACGCGCGAUGUUGUCGUGAUUGAGGAGGAGAUGCUGGUCAGGGAUGUCGAUAGUGUGUUGUUGAAUGCACACAGUAGAUACCCAAUCGUAAACAAUCGCGAGGAUAUGAAGUUAGUGGGAUACGUAGAUGCUGGUAUCCUUUCGCAAUCUUUAGCAUCCAUUCCAGGAUUAUCACAGCAGGCUGUUUUGAAAUUCAGUAACAAGAGGACGAUAUUCGACGCAGACGCAGAACCAGACCAAGCAGAAUACAAUCUGAAUGAUACAGUCAAUGAUAUACCAAUGACGAUAUCCCCGACAACAAGCUUAGACGUCGUCAUGAAGUUGUUCAAAAAGAUAGGACCGAGUGUGAUCCUGAUUGCCAAACAGGGUGUCGUCGAAGGGAUUGUAACCGUCAAGGAUGUCCUACGAGAAACAGAAAUGAUAAAAGUUGGUAAUGAAAGAGCUAUAAGUGCGACUAAGGCAUCAAUAACGGAAGAUUUGAUUGACUUUUGGAAUAAAUUCAAACAGAGACUGAUAAAUGUACAAUUGUAAUAAAUAUCCGUAUGAGC